CUGCCGCCGCCGCCGCCUAGGGCUGAUCGUCUGUCGCAAGUUCUUCCCUUGUUCUCGGCGCUGCGUGGCGCGUCUGGGUGAAAGGAGCCCGAAGGAGCCCGGGGGUUGCCGGCUCUGCGUAACCGGGGAGGUUCGCCGACGGGCCAAAGCCAGGAGGGGCUUCCUUGCCUUGGUGAGGCAACAGCAGCAGCAGAAGAGCCCGGAGGGAUGUGGCGGAGGCAGCGCUGAUGGUUGUCGCUGCUGCGACUCUGGCACUGGAGAAGGAGUUCGGCGGCGCUUCCCGCCCGGGCUCCAGGAACGCUUCCUGGCCGCGGAGGGAGAUCCUCCUCCUCCUGCAUCGCUGCUGCGGCUCCUGCGCCCUCCCGGCGUCCCGUGGCUUCCCGUUCCCUUUGCUGGGUCGCCUCCCCGAAGCUGGUAAAGCCGGUGCUCGUUUAGCGACCGAUCCAGCAUGGCUUCUUCUUCCGGCAACGACGACGACUUGACCAUCCCGCGGGCGGCCAUCAAUAAGAUGAUCAAGGAGACGCUGCCCAACGUGCGGGUGGCCAACGACGCCCGGGAGCUGGUUGUCAACUGCUGCACCGAGUUCAUCCACCUCAUCUCCUCCGAGGCUAACGAGAUCUGCAACAAGUCCGAGAAGAAAACCAUCUCUCCCGAGCACGUUAUCCAAGCAUUAGAAAGCUUGGGAUUUGGCUCCUAUAUCAGUGAGGUCAAAGAAGUCUUACAAGAAUGCAAAACUGUAGCAUUAAAAAGAAGAAAGGCUAAUUCCCGUUUGGAAAACAGUGGCAUUCCUGAAGAAGAACUCCUAAGGCAACAACAGGAGUUAUUUGCAAAAGCUAGACAACAGCAGGCAGAGCUGGCCCAGCAGGAAUGGCUUCAAAUGCAACAGGCUGCGCAACAGGCCCAGCUUGCAGCUGCCUCUGCCAGUGCAAUCAACCAGGCCGGAUCUUCUCAAGAUGAAGAUGACGAAGAUGACAUAUGAAAUGUUUCUAGGCGGAGCUUUCAGUCCUCACCAAGAAAUAAGGUUUCCCUGCGCGACAAAACCACUGAAAUGGAUGCUUUGCCUGUAACUUUUGUUCUUCGCCUUUGGACCAGCCCGUUGGUAUUUUAAGGGGACGUCUGCUGUUGUGUAGCUGUACAUGUCAAAACUGUCUUUUUGAACUUUUGAGGACUUAAGGUUCAGUAUCAUAUCAACUUUGGAUUUUUAAUGGUGUUUAUGGAAAUUUUAGACAGCUGUGCGUCAUUUAUUUGAUCAAACAGUGUUACGAUAAACGUUUAUAAAAAACAUAGCCAGAAUUUAUACGGAAAACUCUAAAUUCACAACCUGCAUUUCUCUUCCCUUUUAACCAUAGAAUCUUGUGUAAACAUUUUUAAUUUGUGUUUUUUUUGAAAUAGAAGAAGGCGUUUAAUCUGCUUUGGGGAGGAAAAAAAAAAGCGAAGGGUUCGGUAUACUUUGAAUUCUUUUUGUCUUUUAAGUAAGGAAAGAGAUACAUGGCAAUAAAUAACAUUGCUUAAUAUCACCAAUCUGAGAAAUUUACAUUUUUGCCAAACUAGAAAAAAUGUAUGUUUAAUAGCCGUUGUACAGAUACAUGGUUUUUUUUUUUUUUUUUUUGGUAUGGGGUUAAAAAAGAAUAAAAAAUAAAACCCAGAACUUUAUUAUGAUAUUGAUUCAGUGUUCUCAGCAAAACAGGUAUUUCAUUUCAAACGUUCCCCAAUUUGGAGAAUUAAAAUGGUUCUUGUUUAAAAGCUGUUUAAUUUUAACAGUCGAUGGGGGUUAGAAGCAUAGUCUUAAAACAUGUUAUAAUGCACAUGCUACUUGAAGGAAAAGUAAAAUUUGGAAGAACGGAUUUGUUUUUAAUUCCCGUUUGAUGAGGAAUGCUUAAAAUAGGACCGUGAAAGCAAAUAUUGGAAUUAGUGAGCAUGCUCACUGUCAGAGGAAUUUUUAUUUAAUUCUGAUUAUUAAAGUGUUGUCGUCAAGCACAAUGUUAACAGUUUCUCAGGCUAGUCUACCAAUAGAGAAGCUUUCUAUUGUCAGACUGGUGACGUCUACAUUCAGAUAGGGGACUAAAUAACAAUUUAGUUGCAAAGUUUAAUUUGGUUGCUUGAAAGUCUAGGCCGGCCUGAAUAAGGAAUAUCUUUUAGGGUGUGAUUUUUUUUUUAUUUUAAAAAAAGAGCAGUACUCAGAUAGCUAUUUACAAUUUGACAAUAUACUUGAAAAAAAAAAACACCUCAUAUUUUUCUGGUACUUUUUUGCAGAGGAAAGGUGCAGUUCUCAGGUCUUGCCUAGGGAUACAUCAAACAUUUUUUAAAACGAUAAGAUUUUGAUGGUUCUAGAAAUAUGCAACAGAAAGGCAAAAAAAACCAUCCUAUCUGCAAAGCAGAAGACUAAAUUAGACGUCGAAUUAAAGGCCUGGCUGCGAUUUAAGUUCUAAGGGGCUUCCCAUGAAUUAACUUGCAUCAUUAUUUAUACACUGGUUAUUGAGAAUUCUGUUAGUUUGAAUGUUAAGCUGGGG